GGACAUCUUGGAUGACAUAGGGAACCUGUAGGGCAUCGAGAAUAUUUGGAGAAAAACCUGAACAGCUGCUCUACGACGGCGUCAAACAUUAAAAGAGGAUGGUGAAGUGCAGAAGAGGAAGAGUUUGACAGAGGAAUUCAGAGGGCAGGAACAGGUAGGUCCAGUCUGUACUGACUGAAUGUGACACACCUGUUUCAGUGGGUGGAGUCAAAGCAAGUGACAACACCAUAACAGAGGACAGAAGAGACCUCGACACACACAGACAGAGACACGGAUCGCACGCGGACGCAGGAUGUUUAAGAAGAAGGAAUACAGUCCUGUGAAGGCCGGACAGUCGCAGAUGAAUGACAUGCUGGCUCUGGUCACACGCCUACAGCAGAACGCCGAUCAGGUGGAGAAGAACGUACUGCUGACCGAGAAACUGCUGGAGGAGGACCUCGAGAAUGAGCGGAAAGGCUCUGCUCUGAAACAGCAGGGUCCGGCCGCAGAGAAUCUGUCUCAGGCCGAGAUCUUACUGAAGGAUCUCUUCAUGGACGUCAGCAAAGCCAAGAAGCUCCAGCACCCGCAGGCCAAUGUGAUCGAGCAGGAUGUGAGUAACCUGCAUGAGCGCUGGUCCAAACACUGCGCCACCUACAGGGAUCUGUACGGACAGCUUCACGAGAUCUACCUGCCGCCCGGCGUCGACUGGAGCAGACUGCUGUCUGACAAACAGGCGUCGAUUCAGGGAGCCACUUACGGUCCGACUCUGUCUGAUGUGGAGAAACAGAUCGCAGCCCAUAAUAUCCUGCAUAAACAGAUCGAGGCGUAUCGCUCGGCCCUGGAGAGCAGCAACGAUAACUCGUCUGCCCUUCAGAAGCAAUAUGCAAAUCUACUGGAGGCAUCAGAGAAGCGCAGGCAGCAUCUGUCGUCGCUCUAUGACUUCAUGCAGGGCUGCAGUAAAGAGCUGCUCUAUCUGACCGAACAGCAGCACAAGAUCAGCAGCCGAGACUGGAGCGACCGUAUGAUCGACAGCGCCGGAGUGCGCAUGGAGUACGAGAGGUUUAAGAACAACGGGCUGCUGACACACGAGAGGGAGGUGAGCAAACUACAGGAGGAGGCCGGCGCACUAGUUCAGGACAAACACCCCGGAUCAUCCGCCGUCAAGUUGUACAGCGCAGACGUGUCGAGAGAGUGGCAGCGGUUCCUGAAUCUCUGUCUGUGUCAGGACACACACCUGGAUAGCGUGGAGGAAUACAAGAAAUAUCAGCUGGAUGUGGAGACGUUCACUGAGUCACUGAAGAGAAUCAAAUCCAACACUGAACCAUCUGUGCUGAAAAACAUGAGCAACCCUGAGAUCCUGCUGCAGCUGGAGGGUGAGGAGAGGUCGAUCUUGAGGAACGAGCAACGUCUGGCCGAUCUGAGAGAGCUGUGCACCAGCAUCGCUCCUCUACACCUGCGCCGGAGCACCGCCAACAAACCCGUCAGCGCCAUCGCCCUGUGUGACUGGAGCACUGAGAAGGACUCUGUGAAAAGAGGAGACAAGGUGACGCUGCUCUCCAGUCCCAAAGAGGAGCUCUGGGAGGUGAAAUCCAGCACGGGAGAGACCAAGCUCAUCCCAGGUGUCUGUUUCCUGAUCCCUCCGCCCGAUUCAGCCGCCAUUGACAAGGUGGACAGUCUGAGCAGGGAUUUCUCCGAUCUGAAGAGGACGAGGUCGGCUCUACUGUCCCAGGCAAAGACGCCCAUUGAAGUUGUGCAGUUCGUCAAACAAGUCGCCGUGGCCACCGUUCCUGACAGCGCAAAGGCUGGCAUCAUUGACGGCCGUCUGGACCAGAUCUCUUCAGAUCUGCUGAAGUUAGAGAAAGACAUGCAGAACCGAAUGAGAUCUCCUUUAGAUCGCACCGCACCCAUCGGAGAUCUGUCCGCCAGAAUCAGAGACCACGAGAGUUUUGUCGUGACUCUGAAGAAUCUGGAGGCUGAGAAAUCAUCGGCUCAGAGGGACAUGCAGCCCCUGAUAUCCCAGAAACCCCUGGGGCCCACCACGUCCUCACUGCCUCUGAAACUGAGCAAAGUCAACAACAAGAUCGAUGACAUAACUGCACUCUCUGAUCUCUACAACAAGAAGGCCACAUCUUCCAUGUACCUGGAGAAACAGAUCAAGAAGGUAGACAACUUUCUGACAGCAUUCGAGGAUCAUUUGGCUGCAGACACUGGCCUGUUGAACGAACCCAGUGCCAUCCGCAGCCACUCCAGACAGCUGCAGAGCAUGAGUAAAGACGUUGCCUCCAAGAAAGAUGACAUUCAGCAGCUGAACCGUGAGUUGGAGGUCACAGAGCAGGCAUGCAGCUCCCUGCAGAAGAGCUUUCAGGAGUUCUGCCCUGAUAUACGCCACCAAGAGACCGAGGUCAAGCGCUUGAGGAAUCGCUACUCCAACAUCAACAGCCAGCUGCAGCAGAGGGCAACUCUGUUGCAAGAGGCCGUCAAUAAGAACCAGGAAUUUCACAGCGCCGUCCAAUCGCUCACUGCUUUCCUCAUCAAUAUGCCCAACAACAAGGUUCAGCCUGGUGAAAGUGUGUCGCAAGUCUAUGCCAAGCAAAACUCUCAGAUGAGAGCAGUUGAAGACAUCAAGAGAAAGCAGGAUGAUGUAAACCGAAUCGUCAAACUUUCUUCUGAGCUGCAGAGUAUUCUUAAUGAGUAUGAGAUGAAUUCUUACAAAUACCGCAGUGCAUUGGGAAAACCAGAAAUAAAUUCAAAAAAUCUUGAAUGCAUUACCCUGGCUGAAGCUGUGGAGAACAAGGAAAGGGAUGUUGUGAACCUUUACUCUGAAGUAUCAGCACAAAAUAAUCAACUCCUGAAUCAAGUCAUCUUGGCCAAAGACCUCAUCAACAAGAAUGAUGAAAUUGUUACCCAUGUGGUGGUAAAACAGCAAAUGCAGCUGCAAAGUCAGCAGAGAGACAUGGAUGAAGUUGACGGCCUGAAGCGAGAGCUUUCUGAGGAAAUAUCUCGCCGUGCUCAUGCUGAGACUGAUCUAGCGACCUACAGGAAACGGAUGAUGUCCCUGAAGAGUCGGAGAGGUGUGGAGCGAGUGGAAGAAAAGGAAACUGUGCAUUACUACCGUGAUUCAAAGCUGCAAGCCGAUUUGGAAACACUGAAGAGGAGGAUAACCGAAGAGAUAAAUAAACGAUCCGAAAUGCGAACAGAAAUUGAGAUUGUCAACAAAAAAAUUGUCACUCGUGAACAUGAGAUUAUCGAAGUGAAGCCCAGGCUGGUGACAAAGGUGCUUACAGAAAUUGAGCGUGAUCCCAAACUGGAUGUGGAAAUGGCAAGGAUCAGGGAGCUCAUACUCAAACUAAGGGAGGAAAUUCGAGUGCACGAGAGUGAAACAGUUCACAUGAGAACAGAAGUUACUGUCCUGGAGAGUAAGAAGCCUGUGAUAAAAGAGAAAGUGAUCCUGAAGGAGGUUGUGAAGCUGGAAAAGGACCCAGAAAUGCUGAAGGCUGUGAUUAACUUCAAGAGCGUGAUCUCGGAUGAGGAAAUCAGAUGCAAGAACCUGAAUGAUCAAAUAUUCCAAAUUAGGAGCCAGAUCAAUAACCUGGAGAGGAUUAUUCCAACCAUACAACCAAAAACUGUCAUCAAAGAGUUGAAGAGGGUGGAGCAGGAUCCCGAACUCCUACAAGAGUCCAAGACACUUCGUGUAAGCCUGGAAGAACUGAUCAGAGAAAACAGUAUUUUGAUAAAAGAGUUCUCCAGCCUUCAGCUCCGCUACAGCCAAGUGGAGACCAUCAAACCAAAGAUAGAAUUUAAUGAGAUCAUCCAUGAGAUCUACAGAAUCGACCCUGAGACGGAUGUGGAACUGAGACGACUGAGAAAUGAACUUCUCGAAAUAAGCAAACGUCGUACUAGCAUUGAGAAUCAGAUAAACGUGAUCAUGGUGGAUCUGAAGACUCUGCGCGCCGAAAAGCCCAAGAUCGAACUGAAGGAGGUAACUCGAGAGGUGGUGAAAGAAGAGAGGAGCCCUGAGGUCGUCAAAGAACUUAAGAGGUUGAAUGAGCAACUUACCAUUUUGCGGACCAACUUCGACUCGACUAUGAAUCGGGUGACUCGUCUGCGCAAGGACAGGGAUGAGUGGAAGACUGAAAGAUCAAAGGUGGAGACCAAAGUGGUGACCAAAGAAUUUAUAAAGUAUGAAAAUGACCCUCUUAUUGAGAAGGAAGCUGAACGUCUCAGGAGGGAAGUACGUGACGAAGUUCAGCGCCGCCGAACAGUGGAGGAGAAUGUGUUUGACCUUCAAAACAAGUACAUUGUGCUGGAGAGACAGAAACCAGAGGAAAGGGUCAUGGUCCAAGAAAUUGUGCGCCUCCAGACAGAUCCUAGUCAGAUUCUGGCUCAUGAGAGGUUAGUCAAGACUUUGGAAGAGACCAUCAAGACUCGUCGACAGCUGGAACUGGAGGUGCAGCAGAUGAGAUCUCUAGUCCUGGAACUCGAGAAAAAACUGGAGCUUGUGGACCGACAGAAGAAGAUCCUGGUAGAGACAGAGCUGAGACAAAUAAAGGCUAGAAUCUAUGAACUUGAGACUUGUCCAACGCCUGUUGAGGAAAAAAUUGUUAUUGAAGAGGUUUUGAAAGUUGAGAGAGACCCAAUAAUUGACAAACGAAUCAUUGAUCUUCGCACUCACAUGGACAACGAGGGUGCCAGCAUUUCCCACCUGGAGAGAGAUAUUCGGAACCUCAAAAUCAGGAUAGAGUCCCUGACCAAAGAGAAAUCUGUUGAGAGGAUCAUCCACAAAGAGGUAAUCAGGGUUGAGAAGGAUCAAACGGUGGAGGCAGAGAGAGAAAGUCUUAGAUCCCAAGUCGCCCAGGUAAAGAAUGCCAGGACCCUCAGAGACGAAGAACUUCUGCGGCUCAAGAACAAAAUAACUCGAAUUCAGACAACCAGAACAAAUUUCUCUCAAGAAGAAACCACCUUGAUUGCUUACAGGGAUAAAAUCAAGAAAGAGCAAAAUGAACUUAUCCAGGAGUUGAAAAGACUGGAGUCUCAGAAGCAGGAGAUCACUAUAACUUUCCAGCAUCAAUCCAAAAUCUUGAGUGAGAGGAACCAAGUUAGCAGGCAAAAAAGCAUCAAGCUGGAGUCUGAGAUCCAGCGCCUGGAGAGAGAAAUCCUGGAGGUGAAAGAGCUAAUCAACCAACGGGAAAUUACUAUCAUAGAGCUGCAGAAAGAAUCAAAGGCAACACAACAUUCAGAGACAAACACCAGAGAGACCAAUGUCUCCACCAAAAUCACCAUUCUGGACCCAGAGACUGGCAAAGACAUGUCACCCUACGACGCCUACGUUGAGGGUCUGAUUGAUCGCAAUCAGUACAUCCACCUCCAAGAGCUCGAGUGUAGUUGGGAGGAAAUCACAACCACCGGUCCUGAAGGUGAGACGAUGCUUCUGCAGGAUCGUAAGAGUGGAAAGCAGUACUCCGUCAAGACGGCUAUGCAAAAUGGAAGACUGACACAGUACGACCUUCAGCGCUACAGAGAGAACAAAAUGAGCAUUUCAGAGUUUGCUCUUUUGGUUGCAGGGGAGAAGAAAUCAACAUCCUUCCCUCCUUUAAGUGCAACACAAACAACAACUGUUCAGACACUCGCACCAGCAAGCUCCAGCUACAACUCCUCCACUCUGACCCGCCGCUUGUCCUCCAGCACCAGCAACUUGAACUCACACUCUCAGCUGAUCACCAGUGGAGAUGAACUCUUCCCAAUUUCUGGCAUUCUAGACAUCACCACAGAGAGCCGCAUGUCCGUACGAAGUGCCCUAACACGCAAACUGAUUGAUCAAGACACAGCGAUGAGGCUUCUGGAAGCUCAGGCUGCCACUGGAGGUAUUGUUGACCUGAACAAGAAGGACAAAGUGUCCAUUCACAAGGCGGCACAGCAAGGAUUGAUCGAUUCAAGCCAGCUUCAGAAACUCCUCAGUGCCCAGAAGGCCUUUACUGGUUUUGAAGACCCUGUGUCCAAAGAGCGGAUGUCAGUGGGAGAAGCUGGCCGCAGGGGAUUUAUCCCCAAUGAUAGUGCCAUGUGGUUUAUGGAGGCGCAGCUGCUGACCGGCGGAUUGGUAGACCCGAACCGGGCAGGUCGGAUUGGCGUGCAGAAUGCUGUUGAUGCAAAACUGAUCGACGCAUCCACGGCCAAGCAACUUCAGGAUGAAUCGAGCUUUGUGAAGAAUGUGACCGACCCCAUCAAGAGGGAAAAGAUCACGUAUAAGGAGGCGAUGGCUCGAUGCAAGAGGGACCAUAGCACAGGGCUGCUCCUGCUCCCAGCUGCAUCGUCCGACGUCGUAGAUACUCCAUCCUAUUCCAGCUACAAGUUCUCCAAAUAAUAAUAAAGACAACACACAAUGAUAACAGAUUUAGGUGCUGCACAGCAAGGGACAUUUGGUUCUAGGGUUUUUUUCCAUACCCAUAUAUAAGAUAAAAGUUCUCUGGAGCCUUUUAUGUCAUGCUAAGGUGUUUAUUUUUUCCUGUCUUUGUUCUUAACAUGCUUUUUCAGUUACUUUAUAUUUUCUGGUUCAUCUUGAUGAAUGGGCUGAACUGCUUCUUGAUCUUCAUAUAUAAUAAAAGAUACUAUUUCAUAUUUACCCAAA